GCUGGGGCUGGGGGCGGCAGCGGCGGCGCGGGCGGCGGGCGGCGCGGGGCGGUCCGGCGGGUUCAAAGAGGAAAACAUGGCGGAAAACAAAGGCGGCGGCGAGGCUGAGAGCGGCGGUGGGGGCAGCGGCAGCGCGCCGGUAACUGCCGGGGCCGCCGGGCCCGCGGCGCAGGAGGCGGAGCCGCCUCUCGCCGCUGUGCUGGUGGAGGAGGAGGAGGAGGAAGGCAGCAGGGCGGGCGCGGAGAGCGGCACGGCUGGGCCCGACGACGGGGGGGUGGCCGCGGCCUCCUCGGGCUCGGCCCCGGCUGCCUCAGCCCCUGCGGCCUCAGUGGGCCCUGGAGUUCCCGGGGGGACGGUAUCGACGCCGGCCCCCGCUCCAGCCUCGGCUCCCGCUCCGGGUCCCUCGGCGGGGCCGCCUCUUGGACCUCCAGCCUCACUCCUGGACACCUGCGCCGUGUGUCAGCAGAGCUUGCAGAGCCGGCGUGAGGCGGAGCCCAAGCUGCUGCCCUGUCUUCACUCCUUCUGCCUGCGCUGCCUGCCCGAGCCGGAGCGCCAGCUCAGCGUGCCCAUCCCCGGGGGCAGCAACGGCGACAUCCAGCAAGUUGGUGUAAUACGGUGUCCAGUAUGCCGCCAAGAAUGCAGACAGAUAGACCUUGUGGAUAAUUAUUUUGUGAAAGAUACAUCUGAAGCUCCUAGCAGUUCUGAUGAGAAAUCCGAACAGGUAUGUACUAGUUGUGAAGACAAUGCAAGUGCAGUUGGCUUUUGUGUAGAAUGUGGAGAGUGGCUGUGUAAGACAUGUAUUGAAGCACAUCAAAGAGUAAAAUUCACUAAAGAUCACUUGAUCAGGAAGAAAGAAGAUGUCUCAGAGUCUGUUGGAGCGUCUGGUCAGCGCCCUGUUUUCUGCCCUGUACACAAACAAGAACAGUUGAAACUUUUCUGUGAAACAUGUGAUAGACUGACAUGUAGAGACUGUCAGCUAUUGGAACACAAAGAACAUAGGUAUCAGUUUUUGGAAGAAGCUUUUCAAAACCAGAAAGGUGCGAUUGAGAAUCUACUGGCUAAGCUUCUUGAGAAGAAGAAUUAUGUUCAUUUUGCGGCUACUCAGGUGCAGAAUAGGAUAAAAGAAGUAAAUGAGACUAACAAACGAGUAGAACAGGAAAUUAAAGUGGCCAUUUUCACCCUUAUCAAUGAAAUUAAUAAGAAAGGAAAAUCUCUCUUACAGCAGCUAGAGAAUGUCACAAAAGAAAGACAGAUGAAGUUACUACAGCAGCAGAAUGACAUCACAGGCCUUUCCAGGCAGGUGAAGCAUGUUAUGAACUUUACAAACUGGGCAAUUGCCAGUGGCAGCAGCACAGCACUCCUGUACAGCAAGCGACUGAUUACUUUUCAAUUGCGCCAUAUUUUGAAAGCACGGUGUGAUCCUGUCCCUGCUGCUAAUGGAGCAAUACGUUUCCAUUGUGAUCCCACCUUCUGGGCAAAGAAUGUAGUCAAUUUAGGUAAUCUAGUAAUAGAGAGUAAACCAGCGCCUGGUUACACUCCUAAUGUUGUAGUUGGGCAAGUUCCUCCAGGGACAAACCACAUUAGUAAAACCCCCGGACAGAUUAACCUCGCACAGCUCCGGCUCCAGCACAUGCAGCAACAAGUGUACGCGCAGAAGCACCAGCAGUUGCAGCAGAUGCGGAUGCAGCAACCCCCAGCUCCUGUACCAACAACAACAACAACAACACAGCAGCACCCACGGCAAGCAGCCCCUCAGAUGUUACAACAGCAGCCUCCAAGAUUGAUCAGUGUGCAAAGAAGCACCAUGAACUGUGGAGCUUUCCAAGCCCAUCAGAUGCGAUUGGCCCAGAAUGCUGCCCGCAUACCAGGGAUACCCAGGCACAGCGGCCCUCAGUAUUCCAUGAUGCAGCCACACCUCCAAAGACAACACUCAAACCCAGGGCAUGCUGGACCCUUUCCUGUUGUGUCUGCGCAUAACAACACAAUCAACCCAACCAGCCCUACUACAGCUACUAUGGCCAGUGCAAAUCGAGGUCCCACCAGCCCAUCUGUUACAGCAAUAGAGCUAAUCCCCUCAGUUACCAAUCCGGAAAACCUUCCGUCACUGCCAGAUAUUCCACCCAUACAGUUGGAGGAUGCUGGUUCAAGUAGUUUAGAUAAUCUACUAAGUAGAUACAUCUCAGGCAGUCAUCUUCCCCCACAGCCUACAAGUACCAUGAAUCCCUCUCCAGGACCCUCUGCCCUGUCUCCAGGGUCAUCAGGUUUAUCCAAUUCUCACACACCUGUGAGACCCCCUAGUACCUCUAGUACUGGCAGUCGAGGCAGCUGUGGGUCGUCAGGAAGAACUGCUGAGAAGACAAGUCUUAGUUUCAAGUCUGAUCAAGUGAAGGUCAAGCAAGAACCUGGGACUGAGGAUGAAAUAUGUAGCUUUUCAGGAGCCGUGAAACAAGAAAAGACAGAGGAUGGCAGGAGGAGUGCCUGCAUGUUGAGCAGCCCUGAGAGUAGCUUGACACCACCGCUCUCAACCAACCUGCAUCUAGAGAGUGAGUUGGAUGCGUUAGCAAGCCUGGAAAACCAUGUGAAAACUGAACCUACAGAUACAAACGAAAGCUGCAAACAGUCAGGGCUUAGCAGCCUUGUUAAUGGGAAGUCCUCAGUUCGAAGCCUUAUGCACAGGUCGUCAAGGAUUGGAGGGGACGGCAGCAGCAAAGAUGACGACCCCAAUGAAGACUGGUGUGCUGUCUGCCAAAACGGAGGGGAUCUCUUGUGCUGUGAAAAAUGUCCAAAGGUCUUUCAUCUAACUUGUCAUGUUCCAACACUGCUUAGCUUUCCAAGUGGGGACUGGAUAUGCACAUUUUGCAGAGAUAUUGGGAAGCCAGAAGUUGAAUAUGAUUGUGAUAAUUUGCAGCAUAGUAAAAAGGGGAAAACUGCACAGGGGUUAAGCCCCGUGGACCAAAGGAAAUGUGAACGUCUUCUGCUUUACCUCUACUGCCAUGAAUUAAGUAUUGAGUUCCAGGAGCCAGUUCCUGCUUCGAUACCAAACUACUAUAAAAUUAUAAAGAAACCAAUGGAUUUAUCCACCGUGAAAAAGAAGCUGCAGAAAAAACAUUCCCAACACUACCAAAUCCCAGAUGACUUUGUGGCUGAUGUCCGUUUGAUCUUCAAGAACUGUGAAAGGUUUAAUGAAAUGAUGAGAGUUGUUCAAGUUUAUGCAGAAACACAAGAGAUUAAUUUGAAGGCUGAUUCAGAAGUAGCUCAGGCAGGGAAAGCAGUUGCAUUGUACUUUGAAGAUAAACUCACAGAGAUCUACUCAGACAGGACCUUCGCACCUUUGCCCGAGUUUGAGCAGGAAGAGGAUGAUGGUGAGGUAACUGAGGACUCUGACGAAGACUUUAUACAGCCCCGCAGAAAACGCCUAAAGUCAGACGAGAGACCGUUACAUAUAAAGUAAAGUGACAUGAACUUAAAUCAAUUGUUUUAAAAAAAGAGAGACACAAGAAAUACACUUUAAGUGUUGCUGGAAUAUCCUGCUUACAGUGGGCACCUCCUUGAAGAAGCUGAUAGCUUUUACACAGUAUUAGGUUGAAAUCCUGGACAGAAAACAUGCUUGUCAAGAAAAGGGGAGAGAACUCUAUUUACAACUUUCAAAGUAAAAAUAAAAAGCAAAAAUGAAAUGAUUUGAAGAUUUCUGUUACUAACGAGGAUAGUUCUGACUGUUAGAAUCGGCAGGCGUUGGUGACUGUGGUACCGGUGGUGCAGGAUGCUGGGUACGGUAAUUCCCGAGGGUCAUGUCGCUUGAUCAAUUGUCUUUCUGGACCAGAGCGCAGUUAUUAAACAACUUUUAUUCUGUUGGGCCUUAGCUUUUAUGUUGGUUUAGAGAACUCAACAGUAGUUUUGUUUUCUAUUUAUAUUUGGAGUCUCAGAAACAUGACCUUUGAUCCUCAUUUAAUCAACUUUAAUGAUGUACUGAAAUAAGGUAACUUUCCAGUAGCGAAUCACACAGUAGUCAUUUCCAGAAAACACGUCCACAGAAUUGCACCUCCCCGUCAAAUCAUUGGAUCAUGAAAGGCAGAAUGUUUGUUUCAAAAUUAACCUAGUUUCUGUACAUUUAAAUUUGAUUGAGAAGGUAACAACUGGCUCUUAUCCAGUCUUCCUUCAUAGCAGUUUUCUGAUAGACCGCUAUUGGCAAACAGUAAUCUGUCAACUACCAAAUGUGUAAAAUUUUCUGUAUUUCACUUUGUCUUAUUUGUAAAUAGUGAACUAAAACUCUUGGCAGAUCAGCAACAUUUGCUGAGCCUGUUUUUUAAGCUAAUGUGUAUUCUUACUAAUGUUCCUAUCAAGAAUGGAUUUGUAAUAUAUGCUGUCUAUUUCUAAUGUUCACAUUCAUAUUUUGAGGUUCUAUCUUAUUUUAAUAGAGAACAGACUUCUCAGAAAAUCUUCAGAAGCAGCUUAUUAUUAAAAUAUCAAAAUACUGAAAUAAACCCGGUGGGGUUAGAUUACUCAUCGUCCACCAAGUGGGACAUUUGCAUGGACUGGGGGCUUAAAGGACUUAGAAGAUACCUGUAAGUAAAUCCUGAAAAUGAGCCAAUCCCCACUUGAAUGGUUACUAGAGUAAACCCACCUUCAUCACCCUGAUUUCAGCACCUGAGGCAGAUAACCUGGCUCUGUGUCAUUUUUCUUCUCUUCAUUUGUGAUGCUCAUAUCCAAGAUGUGUGUUCUAGACUGUGUACAGGCUUCUCUUUUGUUGAAUUAAAGAUUUUCGUCCUACUUUUGUAUGGACACAGUAGAGUAUACAGUGACCAAAAUAGAAGACUUGCCAUUAGGUGUUUUUCAGACGUCAGCAAAUUUGUGGCAACUCGUUUGCCUUUUCAAAAAAUCAGCAUAAGCAGUUCAGACGGUAGACUACUCAGAAAAAAAUUAUUUGAUAUAAUUGUCUAAGAGGUAAAUAUUUUUUAGUGCAUAUUAAAUCAAAUAAAGUGCUCUAAAGAAAUGA